CUCCACUAGUUAGGCGUUUAGUUGCGUGGCGGCCCUGGGACGCUAUAUUGUUGGUCUCUCCUGGAGUUGAUUUUUUUUAUGAAGAUUUUCGUGACGCCUGUUGUGAGAACCUCGUCAAAAAUAUAAUUAUCGACAUGGGCCGAAAAUUUUCGCUUUGGUGGGCUUUUCCUAUGUUGGUGGCGGGGUGUCUGGUGUUGGGAGGACCGGGAGGAUGCCUGGAGGGCUCGGGGACGGUGGCGACCCAAGCAGACGACUCGCCGAGCCUUGGUAAGGCCAGGGAACUCUUGGAUAGGGUCAAGAGUGAGGGGACGGACUUAACUCAGAAGAUCCCAGAGUUUCAAGGCUGUUCCGGGGACGGCCUCCAGCAGUGCAAGGACCGCCGGUGGUGCUACACGAAGCAACAGAGAUGCGACGGAUCAGUUCACUGUCCGGAUGCCUCUGACGAGAGGGGGUGUCCGUGUCGCUCACGUGUGGCGAAGGAGAGGCACUGUGAUGGCAUCGUCGACUGUCCCGACUUCACCGACGAGCUGGGAUGCUUCGGCUGCGUGUCGGGGCAGCUGUGGUGCACCACCAACGAGACGGCCUCCUGUGUCAAGAACACCGAAGUCUGUGACGGUCACAUCAGCUGUGACGACGGUCAGGAUGAGGCCUUCUGCAGCAGACUCUCCCUCCAGCAGGUGGAUCCCUCGGUGACGCCGAGCCUCCGUAAGGAAGGGUACCUGCAGGUGAAAAGAGGCGGGCAGUGGCUGCCCUUCUGCGGUAGUCUUAAGCAGAACCUGACGGCGGUAGUGAGAAGCCUCUGUGAAGAGCUCGUCGGCGAGAGAGUCGGCGAGGACACGUACAGAUUGACGGCUCUCAGCCCCACAGUGAUACCUGAAGAGAUUGCUUGGACCCGCCUGAACGAGACGACGGGAGAGAUCUACCUGUCCAAGGGCUGCCCCUCCAAGCUCGGGGUGUACGUCUCCUGCAGCGACCCUCAGUGUGUGAGCAGCUUCCCCAGCAGGGGGCGCCGGGAGGCAGGAGCAGGACCACAUGGCAGUGAAGAUCGAACGAAGAGCGUCAUUGAGAGACCGACUCCCGGUCAGGUGAGAAUAGUGGGCGGAGAAGAGUCGUCCGCGGACGUGUGGACCUUCCUGGUGAGCCUGGUGAGGGAGGGUCAGCACGGGUGUGGUGGGACCAUCAUCUCCGCAGAAUGGAUACUGACCGCAGCCCACUGCUGCCUGGGGUGGUUGAACAAGUUGACGGACGUUCAUGUUGGGAUGAUUCGCAUCAAAUCUUUCUCGCCACAGGAGCAGACUUCGGUUAUUUCGCAGAUCUACAUUCACGAUUACUACGACUCGAAGCACGUCAGAAACGACGUGGCGCUCAUUAGAGUGAAGACUCCUUUGCAACUGAACAGAUGGGUGCGGCCGGUGUGUCUGGACACGAAGGCAGAGUUGAGCACUAGAGACGUGUGCUAUGUGGCGGGGUGGGGCACCCUGGCGGAGAACAGCACAGCUACUCCCGACCACCUGCAGCAGGUACUGGUGCCCAUCAUGAAGACCUGCAAGAAACACUUCACCACCAUUAAUGACCAGGAGGUGAUCUGCGCUGGCUACAAGGAGGGCAAGAGGGACUCUUGCCAGGGAGACUCCGGUGGACCACUCUUUUGUAAAAGGUCGAGUGGGUGGACUCAGGUGGGUGUGGUGUCCUUCGGGGUGGGGUGUGCCAGGCCAGACAGUCCUGGAGUCUACGCUAGAGUCUCCUACUACCUUCCUUGGAUAACGUCCAAAAUGGGUAAGAUGGACGCCCCUUCAAGGGCUGGACCUCUCCCAUGUAAGGGCAUGCUUUGCCAGUUAAACUAUGGCUCCUGUGCUCCUCUUGCCCACAUCUGCAACGGCAAGACGGAGUGUCUUGGUGGUGAGGAUGAGAUGAACUGCCCACACUACUACAAAAAUCUUCCGAACGCUACGACUCCGACGUCCGUCACGACGUCCGCCUCCACGUCCGUCCCGACGUCAGCUUCGACGUCCGCCUCCACGUCCGCCCCGACGUAUCCUCCAGGGGUACUUGGCGUCACCACUGAUAUACUGCGGGAAACGAACUCUACUACAGCGCCAGGCUCGGCCAGCAGUGUAAAGGGCACUGCCAUGUGCAAGUACCCUGAACGUACCCUCGACUCCAUCACCACGGAAACCAACUGUUCUAAGGACGAGUUCGUCUGCUCGAAAGUGCCUCAGUGCCUGGCUUGGGAGGCCGUGUGCGAUGGGGUGCGGCACUGCAAGGACGGCACUGACGAGAUCGGCUGCACCUGCCUCGACAGACUGCUGAAGUUCCGUGAAGACCUCGACUGUGACGGCCACUUCGACUGCUUCGACCUGAGCGACGAGACCUGCAGCCCGUGUGGGAGUGACUUCCUGUGUGCGAGGAGCCGCGCCUGUGUCCCUUAUGAGAAGGUAUGCGACAGCAAGACUGACUGCGUAUACGGAGAGGAUGAACUGAACUGCAUCGGGCUGCUGCAGGAGACUGGACUUCUCGAGUACGACAAGUUUGGUCAGCUGGUGGACCGGUCACAUGGGACGCUGGUCCUGCGGUCAGGAGGAGGAGCCGAGUGGUCCUCGGUGUGCCUGGACCACCUGCCAGAGGAUGUUGGCAUCACAGUCUGCUCCUAUCUCGGCUACAGUAAACUGGCCAACGUGAGCUAUAUCCAGGCAGAGAGCCACGUGAGUCUUCCAAAAGUCCGUGAGGUCCUCCCCGUCAAACACCCCGAAAGGAACGUCACCAACUUCCAUCAGCUUCCUGAAAGAAAGCGGAAACAGAGACGGUCCGUCGUGGGACAGAGUGGCGCCAGCAGCGUCAGGAGGCUGGUGGUCGACGAUAGCUCCAGCACGAGUCUCCCGGGUCUAGAGUUCCUGCAGCAGGUUAGAGAUAAGAUGCAGGACGGAAGGACCAAGAGGGAAGUCUGUUCCCAGGCGGUGGUGAGCUGCGAGAGGGAGUCAUGCGGGAAGGCUCCUCUGUACUACUUCAGCAAGGAUACCCCCGUGGGGAUGGCUGGUGGCCUCCCCUGGGCUGGCACUGUGUACGUCGACGGCAGGCACAGGUGUGGUGCCACGCUCAUCAGACCUCACUGGGUCGUCACCUCCGACACCUGCAUGAAGGGAGUCAGCUUGCAGCGGUCGAUGGUGUCGAUGGUGAUGGGGUCACGGCGUCUGGUCGGGUCGCCCACACGGCUCUGGGGCGCCCACGAACACGACCGUCGGGUGACGUACAUGAAGGCGGUGGCCAACACUGACAUCCUCUUGUUGCGACUUGAAGAGAGAAUGCCCAAGACUCCCUACAUCGCCCACCUGUGUCUCCCGACCAAGAGCGUGACACAGCCGAAGAAUGACAGCAGGUGUGCGGUGGGCGGCCUGCACGAGGGCCGGGGUCUGGUCAGCGUUGGUGUGCUCCUUCGACUGGCCAGCGACUGUCCCGACCAUCACCUGUGUAUCCAGCCCGGCCAGGCCAACCUCCCCUGCAUGAGGUCGUGGUCAGGGGUCGUGGCCUGCCAGAUGACCCGUGGGAGCAACCCUACCUGGGUGGGGGCGGGUGUGUGGGCGUACCACCGCCCUGACGAGACCUGCUCCAUAGUCACCAAACACCCGCUCUUCACCAUCGAUAACAUUCUCGGUAUUCAAGCCAUCAUUGAGGGGUAUGAACCCGUGCCUCUGCUGGAGUGCGCGGGCAGAACUUGCGUGACGGGCGUGUGCGUGACUGAGGAGCAGCGCUGUGACGCAGAGGUGACCUGCCCCGACCAGAGCGACGAGCCCACCGCCUGCCCGCACCCCGUCACCACGUGUCGACCCAACCACAAGACCGGCAUGUGCGAGUGUCCAGAGGGCGGAGCUCCGUGCCGGGACGGGAUGUGUGUCCCGGUCAAGAAGAUCUGCGACGGCGUCCCUGACUGUCCCGACGCCUCCGACGAGACCAACUGUGUGUGUUGCCGCUACCUGUCUGGGAACUCUCCGGAGAAGGUGUGUGAUGGCCGGCUGGACUGUAGCGACCAGAGUGACGAGGCUUACUGCGGCUGUCAGCCCUCCAGCCUGUGGUUCAGGUGCCACUUUUCCGAGGAGCAAGUGUGUGUGGCGAAGUCAAAGUUGUGUGAUGGAGUGAGGGACUGUCCCUCGGGCGAGGACGAGCAGCACUGUGUGGCCCUCGCCCCUGCCGUCCACGUCCACGAGGACGUCCUGGGGGUUCCAGAGAGCCAUCCUCUAGGUUACCUGUUGGUGCGGCUGUCGGGGAUGUGGUACACUUACCUGUACUCGAUGUGGAAGCCCUACCUGUCUCACCUGGUCUGCCUCCAGCUGGGGUACUACAGGGCCAGCAGUACGGACCCUCGCAGUCUUGACAUUAACGUGGUGAGCAAGGCGGCCAGGUCGCUGGGAGUCGGUGGGGGAGACUACAGAGAUCUCUUCAAUCCUUGGAACUACAGCUUGAGGAGGACUGAUAACAACACUGUCGUCUACAUAACGUGUGCAGAGAAAGAUCCCAGAGGUGACGACACGCUUGGAAACCAUUCUCAGUUUGUUCUACCAGCUGUCGGUCUUGUCUAAGUCGACAAAACUCUAUUAAAUCUAGCGACCUGAAGGGUAUUAAGGUGCUUUUAUGUGGGAAGAGGGAGGGAGGGGGUUAAAUAUUUGGUUUCUAGAUUCCCUUCCAGGAGAAAGCUUCAGAAAAAUAUUUUAGAGAAACCAGGAUUAAAACGUAAAAUUGGUCUUUGGGGUCGAUUGUCCAAGGAAAAACGGUGGACUAUUUUAAACGGCUUUUGCAGUUUAUUUAUAUUUUACAAUUUCAUUUAACAUUUUCUGUUUGUUGCAUUUGUUAAUCUCUUACAUUGUUGAACUUUUAAUUGUUUUAUUAUUUAAAAUAAAGUAUUUAUAUUGGC